GAUGCUUCGCAUCUUGCGUCUGCUGAAACUCGUGAAAGCUGUGCGGCCCCUGUACUCGCUAGCCUUGGGUGUUACGCAGGCGAUGCAAAGCAUCUUCUGGGUCCUGGUGUUCCUAGUUGUCACGCUGUACGCCUUUGCGAUUCUGGCCACGCGCCUUCUCGGUCACUCUGACUUCGUUCAGGAAUCCGACGAUCUGCCAGUGGCCAGCAAGGAGCUCUUCUGCUCAAUCUGGGACUCGAUGUUCGCGCUUUUCAGCAUCAUGAACCAGCAGAACUGGGAAGCCAUGGGGCCCCUCCUAGACAAGGUUCCAGCCAUCAAGCCCGUCUACGUGCUCUUCACGAUUUGUUCUUCUUGGGCUCUCCUCUCUGUGCUCACGGGCGUCGUGAGCGACAACAUGAUGGCAGUACGCGAGUCCCAAGCACAGAAGGACGAAGAGGCCGUGGAGGAGCGCAGGAUCUGGCUAGCAAGGUGGCUGCGCGGCGUCUUCGCCGCAGCCGACAAGGACGGCAGCAUGACGCUGGAGAGAAGCGAGUAUCGCGAGCUGCUGAAGUCCCCUUUCCACUUGAAGCGACUGCAGCAGGUUGCCAAGGUGCCCAUGCAGGACCUGAUGCAAAUGUUCGACAUCCUUGAUGUGGACCACAACGGCCUCAUCGAAUUCCAG